AUGGAGAAUCACCGCCGCGACGAGUCGCCGUCCGGUCUAUCAGAUAUUGUCGAGGGCGAAGGCUUGCUCGGCACCGGAUUGACGACCCGUCACAUCGAAGCAUUCGGGCGAAAGGUCACCACAACCGCGGGACACUUGAUGGGACCGACCGACCAGAACCCAACCGCCCAUUAUCAAAAUGCCAUGACUGACAUCCAUCGCGAACUGCGCCGGCCAGCGGCGCAGCGGAAGGUCUUCUCUCUGACCCAGACGACCCCGACCGAUCUUGUGCGAUCGAGGCUGUCCACCACCGAGAUCCAGUCGCGUGCCAUCUCCUCCCUCCCAGAUGAGCUCCUCGCCAACAUCCCCGAGGACAGCAGCUCCUACUCCCUAUUCCAAGGUUUCCAGGCUUCCGUUCCUGAAGAAGACCACGCACAAAAACGUCAUCGCAGGCGCAGCUCGAAGAAGGCACUGAAAGAUAGCGAGAAGGGCGGUGCCCUGACUGCUGGUCCAGCUGGGCUGAAAGAAGAACGGAAAGCGCUGAGUCGCCGACUGGACCUAAUGGGUAUCCGAAAGAACAUGUGCAGCGCCGAGAUUCACGAGAUAGACAACAAAGUCGCCAAUUUACACAAAAUGCGCCAGAUCGUGCUUGAUAGAUUAGCCGGCUUGGAGAUGGAUGAGGCGGCGCUGGAACAUGAUUUGACGGAGCUUGAUAUUAAACUCGAAGACUUCCCAGAAGAUACCCCCGAGACUUCCGCCACUGCGGAAACGCCCCAGACCUCCGAUGCCAACGACGAAUCUGUUGCGUCUUCCGGCGACCCGGCUAUGGAUGCCUCUUUCAUGUCCGAAUCUAUAUAUGAGAAACUUCCCAUAUCGUCACCGAAGAGCCUGCGCCAUCGAUCUAUACGAAAGCGCUCCAUGCCAAUCCUACAUGAACAUUUUGCUCCGGGGUCUUUAAUUAAGGAGAUCCAAGCUCACACCGAUAUGGUUACCGCGAUUGAUUUCGACUACCCAUUCGGUACGAUGGUGAGCGCUGCUUUGGACGACACCGUGCGUGUUUGGGAUAUGAACGUCGGUCGCUGCUCAGGAUUCUUAGAAGGACACCAUGCCUCUGUUCGAACUUUACAAGUCGAGGAUAAUAUAGUGGCAACAGGAUCUAUGGAUGCAUCUGUUCGACUAUGGGAUCUGAGCCGUGCUCGGCCCACUACUCGGGGUAACAGCCGUCUGAACAAGCAUGAGCGGGACGAAGAGGAAUACUUUGAGACUCCGUCAGCUUCAUCGUCCAACUUCGAAGACUGCCAUGUCUUUACCCUAGAUGCGCAUGUUGAUGAAGUCACUGCGCUCCACUUCAAGGGCAACACGCUUAUUUCUGGCUCCGCUGACAAGACAUUGCGUCAGUGGGAUCUUGUCAAAGGUAGAUGUGUUCAGACCCUGGAUAUCUUGUGGGCGGCUACUCAGGCCUCUACAACUACUUCAACAGAUGGAAGCUGGCGACCAUCUGGCCGUCUUCCAGAUGCGUCUGCCGAUUUCGUUGGAGCUCUGCAAUGCUUUGAUGCCGCUCUGGCUUGCGGAACGGCUGAUGGCAUGGUCCGUCUCUGGGACCUGCGUAGUGGUCAGGUUCAUCGAAGUCUCGUGGGUCAUACUGGCCCCGUUACAUGUCUACAAUUUGAUGACAUGCACCUGGUGACGGGUAGUCUUGAUCGAAGCAUUCGGAUCUGGGAUCUACGGAUGGGUUCGAUUUCUGACGCCUAUGCGUACGAAAAACCCAUAACCAGCAUGAUGUUCGACUCUAAGCGCAUUGUGGCUGCCACCGGUGAAACUGUGGUAAAAGUAUAUGACAAGGCCGAUGGUAACCAUUGGGAUUGCGGCCCUGGUGUCGGUAUUGACGAGGAGGGGCCAUUCCCAUCUACAGUCGAGCGUGUACGCCUGAAGGAUGGAUAUCUGGUUGAAGGUCGCAAAGACGGCACAAUGGCUGCAUGGACAUGUUAA